GGCAGACGCUGCGGCUGUACCCAGAAAGAAGCAGAGACAGUGCGGCAGUUUGAGGACACCCACCUCUCAACAGUUGCCUUUUUAUCCAGGAAAGGACAAUUCCCCACCAUACGCAACUGCAUAGAUUGUCAAGUUCUGCUUCAUCCUCAGUGACUCUGGAUCACUUCUCCUUCACCCCAUUAAUAAACUAGGACACGCUGCUUUCUGGAGCAGCUGUGGAUCCACGCAGGAAGAGGGGCACCUCACAUGGGAGUGUGUGAGGGUGUGUGUGAGGGUGUGUGUUCAGGCCUCCUGCCGUCGCCCGCUCUUCCCGGACAGGCAUGGCGGGGGUCCGAGAGCGCGGCUCCCGGAUCCAGAGGCCGUGGUCGGUGUACCGAGCCAGCACCUUCGAGCUGUCCAAUGAGAUGAUCGGACUCGCUCUCGCUGGAAACAGUCAGGACCCAGAUGAGCCUGUGCUUGAGUUCAGCGUGGUUUGCACAGACCUGAUGACUCCAUCUCUGGACAGAAAACCAAACAGCUUUGUAGCAGUGAGCUGCACGACACCCCCGCAGGCCUUCUGGACCAAACACGCCCAGACCGAGGUCAUAGAGGGCACCAGUAACCCCAUCUUCCUCAGCAGCAUCGCCUUCUUCCAGGAGUCCAACAUCAACCAGCAGACGCAGGUGAAGCUCGCCGUGUACGACGUCAAGGACCGCUCGCAGGGCACGAUGUAUAUGUUGGGCUCGGCACUUUUUCCUGUGAAGGAGUUGUUGCAAGAGAAGAGCCACAGGUUGCAGCUUGAACUGAGAUCAGCAGAGAACGAGCGCGUGGGGAACAUCACCGUCGCUGCCUGGCAGAUGGAGGACAGAGCAGAUCAGAGGUUGUCGGCCGGCUGGCUGCCAGACGGCAUCAACGGGCGGACGGUACUGCCGGUCGAUGAGAGCCUCACAGAGUCCAUGGGAGUCAGAAUCAAGUACGCCUCGCUAUGCAAAGACCCCCUGCUGCGCUCAGUGUUUGGAGGCACCAUGUCCAGGAUGUACCGCUUCCCCUCGACUGAUGGGAACCACCUCCGGGUGCUGGAGCAAAUGGCCGAGAGCGUCCUCUCGUUAAACAUCCCCCGACAGUUUGUCAAACUGCUUCUGGAGGAGGACGCAGCCAGGGUGUGUGAGCUGGAGGAGCUGGGAGAGUUGUCCCCCUGCUGGGAGAAUCUGCGGCGACAGAUUGUCUCUCAGUACCAGUCCAUAAUACUCACAUACCAGGAAACACUGUCGGACCUCAACAACUACAGAGGUCCAUCGUUCAAAGCCAGCAACCUGAAAGCGGAGAGGAAGCUCGAGUUCAUGCCCACAAACCUCCACGUUCAGAGGAUGAGGGUGCAGGAUCAGCUGGGCUUCGAACACACGUACGAUGUGAUAACGAUCGGAGCGCCGGCGGCUCACUGCCAGGGUUUCAAAAACAACGGUUUGAGGAAACUCAUCCAGAGGUUUGAGGAGGCCAAGAAACACAGCGCCCUCUCCAGCUCGCAGUCCAUCGUCUACAUGCCCCAGGACAUAGUCAGAGCCAAAGAGAUCAUCGCCCACAUCAACACACUGAAGACGCAGGUCAGCUACUACGCAGAGAGGCUGUCCCGAGCCGCCAAAGACCGAUCUGCCAGCGGACUGGAGAGGACGCUCGCUAUUCUGGCUGAUAAGACACGUCAGUUGGUAACCGUUUGCGACUGUAAGCUGCUGGCAUCAGCCAUUCAGGCCCUGAACGCAGCGCGGCCCGAGUACAUCGCCUCCAAAGCAUCUCCCUCCGCCGACUCGGAACAAGUAGUCCUGCGCAACGACCAGGACACGCUGCUCGCCAAGUGGAGCGGCAGCAACAGCCGGUCCUCGCUGCAUGUGGACUGGCAUGAAGAGGAGUGGGAGAAGGUCUGGGUGAACGUGGAUAAAUCUCUGGAGUGCAUCAUCCAGCGUGUGGACAAGCUGCUGCAGAAGGAGAGGAGGCCGAGUGUCGGCAGUCAGGACAGCACACUCACUGAGCUACAGGGAGGUGCCAGCAAGAAAGAUGAAGGAGCAAAACGAGCUUAUUGGAUCAACCCGAGAAGCUCAUCACAGGACUCUGCUUCUUUACCAUCUUCAUCAUCCUCAUCCUCACCUCCACGAUCAUCUUCACCUCCACCAACCUCCUCCUCUCUGCCCGCCCUCUCCUCUGCACAACACACCUAUGGAAGCCCCUGUGUGGAGGAGGCGUACCCAGGCGAGUGGAGCGAGGCGCUGUACCCGCUCCUCACCACCCUCACCGAGUGUGUCGCCAUGAUGAGCGACAAGGCCAAAAAGUCCAUGGUGUUCCUCCUGAUGCAGGACAGCGCCCCCACGAUAGCCAUGGACCUGUCGCUGCAGUACCGCCGCGACGUGGUCUUCUGCCAGACGCUCACCGCUCUGAUCUGCGGCUUCAUUAUCAAACUGAGGAACUGUCUCCGUGACAAUGGAUUUCUCCGACAGCUCUACACCAUCGGCCUGCUCGCUCAGUUUGAGUCCCUGCUCAGCACCUACGGAGAGGAGUUGGCCAUGUUGGAGGACAUGAGUGUCGGCAUCAUGGAUCUCCGCAAUGUCACCUUCAAGGUGACCCAGGCCACCGGCAGCUCCGCCCCCGACAUGCUGCCCAUCAUCACAGGGAACCGGGACGGCUUCAAUGUCCGCAUCCCAUUGCCAGGGACCAUGUUCGACGCUUUGCCGCGGGAGAUCCAGAGCGGCAUGCUGCUGAGGGUCCAGCCCGUGCACUUCAACGUCGGCAUCAACGAGCAGCAGACGCUCGCUGAGAAGUUUGGAGACACAUCCCUGCAGGAGAUCAUUAACGUGGAGAGCCUCUCCAGACUGAACUCAUACUACGAGCAGUUCAAAGAAGUGCUGCCUGAGGACUGCCUCCCCAGGUCUCGUUCUCAGACGUGUCUCCCUGAGCUGCUGAGGUUCCUGGGGCAGAAUGUCCAUGCCCGGAAAAACAAGAACGUAGACAUCCUAUGGCAGGCCGCUGAGAUCUGCCGCCGGCUGAACGGCGUGCGUUUCACCAGCUGCAAAAGUGCCAAAGACCGCACGGCCAUGUCGGUGACUCUGGAGCAGUGCCUGAUCCUGCAGCACGAGCACGGCAUGGCGCCGCAGGUCUUCACACAGGCCCUCGACUGCAUGCGCAGAAUUGGGACGAGGGAGGGAGUGAUCCAGAAGAACCUGAGCGGCUUGCUGCCGGUGCGGGACCUCCGGCUGGACCCCAGCCUCCUGUACUCGCUGCCCUUGCUGGCUUUCAGCCCCAACCUGCUGGUGGUGUGGAUCUUUCUCAGUGUGGCGUAUUUCCUCGCCAAACUCCGCUGCAGCUGAGCGUAAAAACUGCUCUCUGUGGGAGAGUGACGGACUGUGGAAGCGUGGAAAUACUCCACACGGACUCUUGAGGGUGUUUCUGAAACUGUGCCACUGUCCUGUGAGUGUGUGUGUGUUAAGCAUGCACAGUAAUCACCAAGGACUUCCCACCUGAUGCCCCAUUUGUCAUCAAUGAAAAAUCUCACCCCUUUUGUUUGUUUCUGUGGUUAAUGGGCACUUCCUGUUUUGUAGUUUUUCCUUUUGCAAGCUUACAAGCCAGGAUCAUAUUUGAUUCUUUGAAGCUCCACAUCACAUCGCGUCGGCACGACAGUAAGCCUUCCAAAUCUGAAAACAGAUUUCCAGACGGAUACGUGUGAUCUUAAUUCUACUUUCGAUUUUAUCUUUGGGUGCAUUAUCGUUUUCCAGAAACAUCCCUUUUUCUGUACAAUUUCUGUUCGUUUUUACACACUUUAGCAGCAUUUAAGGUCUGUUUUCAGCUAAGCAAAACAGCCUAAUAUAAUAUAGACAUAAUGACAUAAACGUAAGGCUGGUGUUUCCAGAUGCAUCCACCCUGGGGACUGUUCUUUAAAAAAAGGACCAAACAAAUGCAGCCGGCUUAGUGUGGCUUCAGUCAAAGUCGUAGCUAAAAAGAACUUUAUUGGAUCAAAUCAACGUCUUUCACUCUCACGUAAGAAAACCCGUUUACAUCGCCCUCUGACGGAGAGAUUAAGGAUCAGUUGCUUUGCCUUAUUCUCCACCAACAAACUGUACUCAAAGUGACGUUUCUAUGUCUGUAGGCCAGAGUUGUGAAUAUGUAUAUUAGCGUUCAGAGUAUGUGUGUAUAAAUCUUGCUUCAGGAAAGAGUUAUGGUGAUCGUAGCUACGGUAACGGGACAAUAAGGAUCUUAUUUAAUUUCCGCUCUUAUCAUUGUCUUCCAUGUGCUUUUGCACCUAGCUCGAAGUGGAGCAAACUAAGCUUUUAUUUUGUGCCAAAAAGAGAAAGCUCACAUUAGCUUAUAUACAUACAGUAUAUAUUUUCAGGCAGUGCUCUUUUUAUUUAUUUCAGUCUUCCUGCUUUUAGAUCUGGGUCAGUAAUGACUCCGUUUACAUGCAGCUUAAUAUAUGCUUUCCUGAUGAAAUCUAUCCUAACGUUAGCCUCUACUGGGGUCGAAAGGAAUCGAUCUCUCAAAUAAGGUGUCCCCAUAUAUCAGAAUACUGAUAAAUGAAGGACUAAACUGCGUUUUUUCCUCUGAGAUAAAUAAACAUUUGCUAGCUUUUCAUGACAAUGCAGUGAAAGUCGCCCAAAACAAAGUCAAAGGUCAAAUGUUUGAAUGUAGGAUAUUCAGGGCGAUCCUUUAGAGCAUCUAUGUGUGUCCGUUUACAAGAGGCUGGCUCAAAUUGCAGCCAUAAUCAGUAGCAUGUUUCUUUUUUGCACUUGAGCUGUAAGAUAAACAGAUGAGGAAUGUAUCCAUGCUUGUGCCAAAUGCGUGAAGUCAGGUUUUAAUGGAAGAAUUCAGGUGUGUGGGAUUUGUUUGUAAAGAGUUUAAGCCUGGAAAGUUGUGACCUAUUUGUCUAAAUGCAGGCCACCUCUAAUGCAUCUUGUUUUGAAUUUUUGGGAAGCAAUCUGUCGUUAACGUCCUUCAAAUAGCUUUUCUUGCCGUGCUGACAGUCAGAAUACCAAAUAUAUUUAGUUUACUAACCAAUCUAAGAAAGAAACACAGCAAACUCUCACAUUUGACUGACUGAAAUAAUCCGAUCAGUUGCGUUUCUGCUUAAAAUGUGACUGAAAUAAUGAAUAUACUAUCAAAGUCAGUUGCUGUAUACCUCUCUCAAUCAAUCUAACGAUGAGUCGAAUAUUUAUCCAGCUUUAACAUCACCCCGCUGUAUAGCGCUUCCUAUUUGGGAUGUAUUAUACGUGUAUUCCCGCAGCUCUUGUAUGUGAUUAGUUGUUGUGGAAAAAAUAUAUAUGAGCGGUAAAGCCAAGCUCUUAUUUCCCAGCUGCUAGGGUGUAAACCCCAAUACUGUUGAACACUCAUAUUUGAAUAUUUAAUGUGAAAUAUAAGAAGCUUAUUUUGAAGUACAGGUCCGGGAAUGAAAAGGACAAGAAAUGUGUGAAGCACUUCUUAACAAACCCCACUGACGGCAAAGAGGGGUCAAGUUCAGCAGUUAGAAAGAUAACAAUCUGCAGCUGAAUGAAAGCGUCCUUCUCAUUAACAUCGACCCAGUAAGAAAAUGGAUCAGGACAAAAAUAUCCUCCUGUGGGAGCUCACCUCGUGACCCCCCCGGACUCCAACACUCUCUCUACACUCAGUACUGAGACUCGGGGACAGAACAUUGAACAUGUAUGAGCUUCUUAUUAAUACAUACAUGUCUUUGUGCUGUAACCUGAAAGGAGGAACUAGACUUUGUGAAGUGCUUUGAGAAUAUAAGCUUUAUAUUUCACCGAAUCAUUUGCUUUCGAUUGCUCAAUACAUUUCCCAGAAGUGGACCCACUCCCUUUUGAAAGUACUUUAACUCUCACUUUUUAUUUUGUAUUACUUUAGGAGAACUACCUCUGUGAGACAGAAGCUUAUAUUUGAAACAAGUGAUCUAUAAAUGCAUCUAAUACACAGAUAUGUCAUUCAUGAAUCAGUGAGCUGCAGGGAUGUGAAGGAACAGGAAUUAUUUUCUAUCAAAUCAAUGCUUGACUUGGCUUUAAGGUGGAGUAACCCCGUACACAGCUGUGUAAUAACUAAGACAGCAGGAACUAUUACUUUCUUUCUUAUGAUUCCUGAUGAAUAUAUUUGUAUGGUUGUACAUACGGUGUAUUUAUGUAUUGCCUUCAACGUUUGCUAUAUAUUGUCCUCAUUUCUUGCAAAGCAGCGAUUAUAUAUGAAUAUAUCCAUCUAUAACGUGUGAUGAGUAUGCUUGGGCCAUGCUGUCACUUUAUCCCACAGCUGAAUAUGCAGCGGUUUCUGUUCAUUCAUUAUUCUCAAGUUGCACUUUAAACAUCUGAACCCUCCUGUUAACAACUGAGCUUAUAUGUUAGUUGAUAAUUGUAACAAUUAACAUAUGAUUUAAAAGGAUAUGUAUUUACUAGAACAAUAAGGACCAACCAAUGUGUGUAACGAUGUUAACUGCAAGUUAUUGUGAGGAAGUUUUCCUUCAGAAUUCAAAUGUUUAUUUCAGCUGAAGCUUAGAGAUGUCCUAGCUUUAUUUCAGUCUGUCAAAGUUAACUUGUACAGAAGAGGUCAGGAAUUGUAAUAUCUGUCUUGUAAAAAUGAAUCAGACGUUAACCUCUGGCAGUGCUCCUCCUCUGUUAUCAGCUACAUGUCAAAAAGCUUCAGCCUGUGCCUCCAUGUUGCUCCAGUCAGUGUGUCCCUGAACGCCACGCUGUAAUAAACCCUUUCUGCCUCCACCUGUGUGUGUGUGUGUGUGUGUGUGUGUGUGUGUGUGUGUGUGUGUGUGUGUGUGUGUGUGUGUGUGUGUGUGUGUGUGUGUGUGUGUGUGUGUGUGUGUGUGUGUGUGUGUGUGUGUGUGUGUGUGUGUGUGUGUGUGUGUGUGUGUGUGUGUGUGUGUGUGUGUGUGUGUGUGUGUGUGUGUGUGUGUGUGUGUGUCAAUAAUGUAACACAGGGUGAGUAGCGGAUCAUUUUGGGGGGGAACUAUUCCUUUAAUUCAUUGAUUGUUGAUAAUUGGGAAACCCUGCAGCAAAGUAAGUGUCCUUUCAUAGUUUCUCAUAUUGUUUGUGUUUAUUAUUCUGCCCUCACUCGUGUCCUGGUUGUGUCUCCUCAGUGAGGGCUGCAGGCGGGAAAACACGGUGAAGAACGUCGGCUGCCGUAAGUACGCGUUCAACUCGCUGCAACUCAAAGCCUUCCCCAAACACUACCGACCUCCUGACGGCACCUUCGGGAAGGUGGAAACCUGAACAGGGAGUCCGGAAUACUAUGGGACAAUAUGGCUGCUGUGUUUUGGGAAGGCUUCAGCUGGUUACUGUUUCACACGUUUGAUAAACAGUAACUCACUAUUUCUACCACCCUGGUACAACUGUUUUUAAGUACUGUAUUAGAUGCUUAUGCCAUAUUAUGCAUACAAGAGUCCGACAGCAGCUUUUUAUUUGUUCUUAUAAAUAUGUAAAUGAACAGCACUGCCUCAGCCCUGAUCAAGCACUGAUAUAAUGAAGCAUUUAUGUUUAUGCUACACACCGUUAAUCAACAGAUAAAUCUUAACUAUCACACGUUAUAAUCCAGUUAUAUACAAUCAGGAUUUCCCUUCUCCAGCCACAGUAUUUAGACGCGUUGUUUUUCUUCUCGUUGCCAGCCAAUGUGUAUCCAUGCAGUUCGGAAGUAAGCCUUCACUGAAUAUUUAAACCCUGCUGUAUAAAUCCACAGGAUAUGUGUCUACGUAUAGGUGAAUAACAGAACAAAGAAGGAUCUUAUACAAGGCUCAAGCUAAAAGGACAAUAACUCUGCAGGCUUCACUUCUUCGUUCCAUAUUUGGUUUCUAUGCAAUUUCAGUUUCCAAACUGUUAUCUUUACCCCAAAUUUAAAGAGAAGAAUCCUCUGUAUAACAAUUUUCUCAAAAGGGGAACAUAUGUUUUGCAUUUUUACACUUAUUUGUAGUAGUGUUCCUCCCUUUUGGAGUAUUAAGCCACAUGUUAGUUGACUGUUCUUUACCACACGGGGCGCCGGGGCUCUUCCUGUGAAUCCACAUGUGACUUUUCUCUGCGGGAGAACCACACUGUGGAAUGGCCAUCCUACCGCUGACCACUCCUAUACAUGUUGUUCUGUAUUUACCUGUUAUUUUCAACAUUCAAACAUACUGUGCUGCAUUCUGGGGAUUUAUUCAGAUUAAAAACUUCUGAAAACA